ACAACCAGGUAACACGUGUAAGGAGCUACUUCUUUUUCUUAGGUCUUGCGCUGCAAGCGUACUUCCUCGCGAGCUCUGCCGGCUAGCUUUUGCUUCCUCGUCUUUGAAACUUGGGAAUCAGCCCUUCAUCUCACACCAGAAUUUGCUGCAACAAGGACUAGAAUGGUGGCCGUAAUCUUAUGCCUUCUUCUCUCCCUUCCUCUCCUACUCUUCCUCAUAAAGCAAGGAAGGAGGAAGAGAUCGAGGCUGCCGCCGGGGCCGUGGAGGCUUCCCGUCGUCGGCAACCUCCACCAGGUCGGGGCAAAUCCUCACCUCACCCUCCGCGCGCUUGCCGAGCGCCACGGCCCGCUCAUGUACCUCCAGCUCGGCUCCAUCCCCACCGUGGUCAUCUCCUCCGCCCACGUCGCCCGGGAGGCCUUCAGGGCCCACGACCUCGCCUUCGCCGGCAGGCCGGCGCUGUACGCGGCGGAAAGGCUGUCCUACGGCCUCCGGGACGUGGCGUUCGCGCCGCACGGGGAGUACUGGCGGCAGGCGCGCAAGGUGUUCAUGGUGGAGCUGCUUAGCGCCAAGCGGGUACGAUCCUUCCGCGGCGUCAGGGAGCGGGAGGUGGCGUCUCUGGUCGCCUCUAUCCGGCGGCUCGCUCCCUCUUCGUCGUCGUCCCCUAUCGAUUUGAGCAGGAUGGUGCUGUCGGUAACGAACGCCGUCACGUGCCGAGCGGCGUUCGGCGACAGGUACGAAACCGCCGGGAGCGGGAGGCUGCAUCGGGUGCUGGAGGAGAUGCAGACCGUGCUGGGGGGUUUCUGCGCCGGGGACAUCUUCCCGUGGUUGCGGUGGAUUCAUGCGUUGGAAGGGCUUCGGGCAAGGGUGGAGAGGGUGUUCGGGGAGUUGGAUGGUAUCUACAGCCAAGUGAUCGAGGAGCAUCUCAGAGGAGACUGCACAUCGGAGCACGGAGACUUGGUGCAGGUACUGCUUCGGCUGCGAGAGGAUCCAACGCAGAGGAACACCUUCGGCAGUAUGGAUCACAUCAAGGGUCUUCUGACGGACAUAUUUACCGCCGGCACCGAAACGUCUGCGGCGACCAUCAUAUGGACGAUGACGGAGCUGCUGAGGAACCCGAGUGAUGGCUCGAGCACAUCAAUUUCAUUCUUCUAG